CUUGCAUCGACUUACAUAACCCCACCAUCAUUAUACCGAUUUUCUUGCCCAACGCAACUCCCACUUUAACACAACCAACAUGGCCGACGCAGAAUUAGAACAGAUCCGCAAAGCGCGCCUCGAGCAGCUCAAGGCGCAAGGCGGCGGCGGCGGCGGCGCAGGCAGCGCGGGGCCCAGCCAAGGAAACCAAGCAGAGCAGCAGAAGCAACAAGAAGCCGAAGCCCGCCAAUCCAUCCUCAACCAAAUCCUACACCCGGAAGCCGCCGACCGCCUCGGCCGCAUCCGACUCGUCAAGGAGGAGCGCGCCGCCGACAUCGAGAACCGCCUCAUCAUGCUCGCGCGCACCGGCCAGCUGCGCCAGAAAGUCACCGAGGCCCAGCUCAAAGAGCUGCUGAACGCGGUCGCGGACAACAAGGAAGAGGAGAAGAUCGUGGUGAACAGGCGCAAGAACUGGGACGACGAGGACGACGAUCUGCUGGACCUGUGAUGCUGUACCUAGGGUAUCUUUUUAUAUCGUUUCUUAAGGCGGGCUGGAUUGUGCCGAGGGGUCGAUCUAUGAUGUGGGUAGGUCGGGAAGAGGUACAGAAAAGAAACAAAGAAGACAGCGCACGAUGCGACGGGAUAGCACGGCAUGGCAAGGCGUUUCUGGGGAAUAUACAUAGGAGAGUGCUCGUUCUCGCUCUAUGCGGUCCAAGUACAGCCAAUAAUGUAACAGAUCAAAUUAUCUAUUAA